GUUGUAAGACGUCUGAAGGUCAGACCGAUGAGGAACAAGCUGCUAAGAACAUGGCCGCUGAAGAUGAGGAGUUUAAGUCUCUCUAUCUGAAAUGGAAGGGCAGCGAUACGAACCACGGAACAUACAAAGCUAUACCAAAGUUUUAUUACAAGCUUCCAUCGGAAGAUGAAGUUCUUCUACAGAAACUCAGGGAAGAGAGUAGGGCAGUGUUUCUGCAGAGAAGGAGUAGGGAACUACUGGUUAAUGAUGAGUUACAAAAUCUGUGGUUUCUGCUUGAGAGACAUCACACCCCACCACAAGUUGCAGAAGAACAGCUAAUUAAUUGGGAAGACUUCCAGAAGGUGGCAGCACAAGCAGGAGACAAAGCCAAGCCAUUUUUCACCGCGCGUGUGUUUGCGAAGCUGCAACAAGCAGACCCGUAUGGACGAGUAUCGAUUAUGCAUUUCUUUAACUACGUCAUGCGCAAAGUGUGGCUGCAUCAAACCAGAAUAGGACUGUCCCUGUACGACUGCACUGGCCAGGGUUACCUACGAGAAACGGAUUUAGAAAACUACAUCACCGAAUUGAUCCCAACACUUCCGCAGUUGGAUGGGCUCGAGAAGUCGUUUCACUCGUUCUACGUGUGCACGGCCGUGCGAAAGUUCUUCUUCUUCUUGGAUCCGAUGCGAACGGGCCGAGUGAAGAUACAAGACAUCCUCGUGUGCAGCUUCCUUGACGACCUGCUUGAGCUCAGGGAUGAAGAAUUGUCCAAGGAGAUGCAGGAGCAGAACUGGUUUUCCGCAGCAUCCGCCUUGCGAGUGUACGGCCAGUACCUGAACCUAGACCGCGACCACAAUGGCAUGCUGAGCAAGGAAGAGCUGUCGCGCUACGGGACAGGCACUUUGACGGACGUCUUCCUGGACCGAGUCUUCCAGGAGUGUCUCACCUACGAAGGCGAGAUGGAUUACAAAACCUACCUAGAUUUUGUGCUCGCGCUGGAGAACAGGCGCGAACCGCAGGCCAUGCAGUAUCUCUUCCGCAUACUGGACGUGAGACACCGGGGUUGCCUGGACGUCUUCGCUCUCAACUUCUUCUUUAGGGCCAUACAGAAGCAGAUGAAGCAACAUGGCCAGGACCCGAUCUCUUUCCAUGACGUCAAAGACGAGAUAUUUGGUCAAGGGGACACAGUGGUCACCAUCCUGAUAGAUCUGAAUGGGUUCUGGAUGUACGAGAAUCGUGAAGUACUGGUCAACGAGCCUUCCGAACCAACCCCAAGCGGUUGACAUGUUCUACACUAGAUGGCGCUCACAGUUGAACUACGAGGAAAAUCAGUGAUCAGGUUUUCCUUGUACAGACAAGAGUACUGUUGUUGUUUCAUGCUUGUAUCUCUAGUACAUAAAUGGUGUGUGUAGGUUCGAUUGAGACUACCGCCCACGUUUUAUAGCAUCAAACAUAUUCCAAAGUGAACGGAUUGUAAAUAUGUAAAUAUUAUUGCUUGAAUAAAUUUCCAUACAUUGAUCGCAUUGAGUUUAUCUAUA